CAUUAUUCGUACCUCGGAAUAUGGUGCUGAAGGAUUGAAAAUUAAAGAGCUUACAUACUAGGACAUUAUCUUCAUACAUGUACAAUCAAUUAGCAAACUUACAUAAUUAAUGAGUGCUUAAAACAUAGUAAUUAUACAUUAAAAGGAUUAUCGCAUGCUUCUCGAUUCAAACUAGUAUAAAGUAUUGGAUGAUGACACGAUAAGGUUUUAAAUGUCUUGUAUUACUUGGCAAACCUACUCAAUUCUAUAACAUAAACUUUUAUGAAUCUGCUUCGUACUACUGCUAGUGAAUAGUAACCAACUCAUCAACAACCAUCUGAUUAUUAAAAGAGAUGCGAGAAAAAGACCAUUCGCCUAGAAAAAUGCUUCCCAGUCCAAAACAAGGAGCAAUUUAUCCAAAUGGAUUACCUUUACCCGCUCUUCAAUUACCCUUUGAUCUUAUUACAGCCAUUAAUCGACCAUCAUCGUCAGCAUCAUCUAACGAUUCGCCUUCUCCCAGCUCACACCGGCACGAGCAAACUGAUCAACCGUUAGAUUUACGUGUUGAACAUAAGAAGUCAUCAUUAUUGAGUAAGGAAAUUGAAAAUGAAAACGAUAAUGAAAAUGAUCAUGAGCAUGAGGAUGAGAAUAGUAAUUCAAUUAUUGCAAACAAUAAUUAUGUGAAAAGCGAAAGCAUUCAUGAGAAGUCACCAAGCCCAAUAGAUUUAAAUAAUAAACAUUUUCAACAAAAUGCAAAACGUCUGCUCAGUAAUCAUCAUCUCAACUUAAAUGGACUGAGUGCACAACAAGCACAUAGGUUAUCAAAUACACCUCUCUUUCCACCACCAUCACUGCAUCCGCUGAUGCUUGAGGCAAUGGCAAAAGCUGCUCGACUUCGACUACCUUACAAUCCUGCAUUUCCACUUUUACCGCCACCCCCUCACUCAUUUGAGCAGCAACUUGCGAGAUUAAAGGACCAAGACAUAUCAAUUAAUGUUCCUCAAAUCUUGAAUCAAAAUAAUCAAAUGUCUGCGUCACAUAGUUCAAGAUCUAACCACCAUAACAAUAAUAGUAUGAAACAAGUUAACCAUAAUUUAUCAACAUCAAAUUCAGGAAUUUCAAAUAAGAACAAGGACCGAUAUAGUUGUAAAUUUUGUGGAAAAGUAUUUCCACGAUCGGCGAAUCUUACGCGACAUCUACGCACACAUACAGGCGAGCAGCCUUAUAGUUGUAAGUACUGUGAAAGAUCCUUCAGUAUAUCAAGCAAUUUACAACGUCACGUCCGCAAUAUACACAAUAAAGAGCGACCAUUCAAGUGUGCUUUAUGCGAACGAUGUUUCGGACAACAAACGAAUCUCGAUCGUCAUCUUAAGAAACACGAAGCUGAUGCAAUCGGCCUCGGAUUAGGUAUAGAUGAACGACUCAAACAGUUCCGUAGAAACUCACGUGGUAUCCCGGAAGAUUCAUAUUUUGAAGAAAUACGACAAUUCAUGGGAAAAGUUACUCAGCUGCCAAUUCAAUUAAGAAAUAUGAAAACCGAGACAGAAACAAACCCUUCAUCGAGAAGUUCUUCGCCAAGUGACUUGAACGAAAAUAAUAAUGAUAUUAAAUAUAGCUUAAUGGACAUUGAUGACAGCACGGAGUCACAUAAAAGGGCAAAUAAUGAUGACAACAAUAAUAACACAAAUGUCACAACUUGACCACAUUUUGAACGAUCUUCGAGCAAUUGACAUUGUGUCGUGUGUGCUGCUAUUAAAGCAAAAAAAAAAGUGGUAAAGAAGAAGGAAAAAACAAACUAUGAAGCAAAAAAUCAUGAAAAAAUCUCCUAUUGCGAUGAUAUCGCAAUUUAUUAAAUAAAAAAGCGAAGAAAUGAAACUUAAUGACGUACAAUUGCUGUAAUGUAUCUUUUAAUACCUAGAAUUAAUAUCAAAUUGAAUCACAUUACAUUUUAAAUGAAAUCUGUUAACCAUUCAAUUAAAUUUAACUUUAUUAUACUUUAGAUAAUUUUUUUCUGUUCAUGUUACGUAAUGAAAUGAAGCCUUUUUAUCUUAUUUUUAUCAAUUUAUUAUCUUUUCUAUUUUUCCUCAAAUUUUCUGCUUUUGUUUCAUAAAAAUCUUUGAAGAGAAAAAUUACUUUUUAAUGCCAUAAGUUGAAAUAAACAGAAAGCUUCAUUAGACAAGUUAGUUGUUACUGAAAACGAAUGAAUUCACAUUCCUUUUAAAUUCGAUUAGUUAAUUAAAGAUUAUGUUACACACAUCAACUUUAGUAAAUUAGCUUUUCAAUUGGUUUGACGUUUGCUUUAAUGGCUGUAGUUUUUGGACGAUGAUUGAUGCGUGGGAAUCCUAAAAGUACCGAGAUCUAUGCACAAUCCUUGGAGUUAUACAAUAACACUAAAAAGUAUGCCUUAAAUCCUUGAUAUUAAAGGAGGCAAGAAAAAUUGAUAAAACACAAAAUUUGAUUUUAUUUUCAAAAUUUCGAAACAUAAUGCAUAAAAUUAAAUUUAAUUUAAGAAAACCUUAGCAUUAUGAGGAAAGGAAUCUGUUAAAUUCCAUUUUUAAGUCUUAAAAUCGAAAAAUUUAAAAAAAAAGUUUAUCAAUCCAAUUAAUUUAUUAAAGUUGAUGCUCCGGACAUUAUUUUAAAGAGUUUUGAGAUAAAACUUCACAUGGUGACGAAUGAAAAAACUUUAUGACAAAAGUUUUUCGCGUGAUACCAAAGGACAUCUUUAAAAUUUUUGAUUCUAUAAAAAUAUUUUUUAUUCUUUAUAAGUCGUUUGCAAAUGACGCCUGUCAAAAUCAAAGUGAAUGACACAUACCGUUUCUGCCUUUUUAUGUUCUUCAAUGUAAUUUUAAAACAAAAACAAAAAGCUACAAAUUCAAUAAACGUAUACUUUUAGUUAAUAUAUAUUUGUAAAGUGGAACAAUCUAGUGAUGCUAUUUUGAUAUUUUUAGUCUCUACAAAAAUUAGGUGUAAUAAAGAAAAUUGGAAUAAUUGUUGUAUCAUAAAUGUUUGUAAGUAGAUUGAGACAUUAUGAUACAUGGUGGCUCGCAGUUUCUAUAACCUUUUCAAUUAGCUGUAAUUAUCACUUUUAGAGCAUGUGCCCAAAAUUGUAUCCAAUUUUUAAAAGUUUAGUUACCAUUAAAUAAAAUGAUGAUGAGAUAAUAGAUUUAAUCUUUACAACAUAAAUAUUAGAUGAAAUAAAUAAAUAAAUAAAUGGACAUACAAUGUUUGAGUUAAACUCAUUAAUGUUUUUUUUUUUGAAAUGAUAAUAUAUAAAAUAAAAUAAAAUAAAAAUAAUAGAUGAAUGAAAAUAUAAUAGUAGAAGAUUUUUAUAGAAAAUUGAGAUUCUUAGUGAAGAAAAUAAAGAUCAAAUUUUAUUUCUUUAUGAAGCUCUUGGCCCAUUUGUUCGUCAUUUAUUUUUGUCUUACAGGAAAGUAACAGUGAGUUUAGAAAAAGUGAAAUCAAAGCGACCAUGACCAACUCUAUCCAGUGGUUUAGCUAUCUAUCUUUCUAUAUCUAUUGAAGCGUACACCUGUAAAAAUCUAAUCAUGAUUGAUUUAUAACAAAAAAAUAAAAUAAAGUGUAGCAAAACUUUCACAAUUUUUUUUUUUUUCAUCUACAAUAUAUAAUAUUAUGUUUAUUACAAAAUAUGUUGAUUACAAGACAGAAGAGAAGUUAUAAAAAAUCAAGCAAACGAAAUUCCACAGAAUUGUCUCUCAAUUAUUUUAUCACAGUUAUUGUUUCAAUUCUUUACACCGCAAAAUAAAAACAUGACAAAAAGUACAAGAGGUAGGAAAAGAGUUACUGGAUAAAUAAUUACGUGAAAUUCCAAUCAUCACACUAUGAAUUUCGAUCAAUGCCAUUCGACUGGAAAGAGAAUCCACUUCUGGUAUUUAUUAUUUUCACUACAAUCUGCCAAUAUGAUUUUAAAACUUUCAUUUUCAGCUGAAAUGUCGGUUCCUUGUAAACACAUUCCCGUAUUAGCUUGCAGUAAUU